AAUAAUAUAAUCACUAUAAUGGCAUUAACAGUGUUGAUGUGAUGAUAUUAAUGAAGUGUGUUUUGUAUUUAGGUCUGCUGAUGAGGUAUAAAGAUGAGGAAUUACUCAACAUUCUGAACGAUAACAACACCAAACUGUACCUCUCCAUCGACUCAACUGAAGUGACUCAUGCCAUCAAUCAGAAUAUUGCAGCAGCUGCCUUGUUCAUGCCGAGCUCAGAAAUGGCACUGAGUGAAUCUGAGCUGCGAGUUGCGUUUGAUGGAGAUGGAGUGAUUUUCUCAGAUGAAGCGGAAACUGUGACGAAGACAAAAGGACUUGAUGCCUUCCUAAAACAUGAAACAGAAAAAGCACAAAUUCCUCUCCCUGAGGGUCCUCUGAAGUGUUUUCUGGAAGUCCUGGUGGAGCUGCAGAAGAAGAACUACCCGAUCCGUACAUUUCUGGUCACAGCAAGAGGUGCACUGACUGAAGGACACAGAGCUUUAAAUACUCUGACUAGCUGGGGUCUGCAUAUUAAUGAGAUGUAUUUCCUUGAGGGAAGUCCAAAGGGUUCAAUUCUGCAAGCAAUCAAACCACAUGUUUUCUUUGAUGAUCAAAUGAAACACGUACUAAAUGCGAAGAAGGCCGGUGUCGUCGCUGCCCACGUGCCUUAUGGGAUUUCACAGAGAUAUAAUGAAGAGUAAUAAAGCAGACAGACAGAGCUGAGAGAAGAGGGCAUGGGGUUUUUAAAUUGUUGUUGGAUUUUGUAAACACGCUCUUUAAAUCAGUUAACUGUAUCCACAUUAGGCCUGUACCAAUAAUCAGUUUAUUCAAUACACCACACUAUCUUUACAAUAUUAAAACAUCCUCAUGUGUAUGAACAGAAAUGUCAAGAAAGCAAACAAGCACACAUCUCAGGUACCAACAUGUGAUACCAGGUAAUACUGUGAUGUUGUCCUAGUGUACACUGUUGUUCUAAUGAACAGACAACACCAAAUGACAGAGAUCUGGACAUAUUUCAUCAUUAAUGAUCAAAGCAAAGCAGACUGUAUACUGUCAAAAAGAGGAACUACAGCAGCUAUAGUACUCCAAGACUCACAGUACUGCUACGGCAGACACUUAAAUACAUCAUCACCAUGGUGACAUUUAGCUAGCUAACAGAACUGCAUACCUUCACACAACUGAUUGGUAAUUAUCAUUACAUGUAUAUGUAAUAUCGGCACGUGUGUAAUGCUGGCCGGAAAAACAUGGGCAAAUCUUACAUUAAGGGUGUCUACAUUUAAUAUAUACUUUAUCUAUUUUCUUUAGUUUAGUGUUAUAUAUAUGCAGGACUCUACGGUAACAAUUUCUU